AUGGAAUAUUUAAUAUUAGAAGAAAAAUAUAAAAAUCUUCUGAAUAAAUCUAAUUAUGAAAAAACUGUCCUUAAGAAAGAAACCGAAGCUCUUCAAAAAAAAAUAGAGAAUUUAGAAUCUGCAUAUAUUGAAAAGGAAAGUAAAAUAAAUGAAAUAACCGAGGAAAAGGAAAAGCUCAAAGAUAAUUUGUUUGAAAUAAAAAAGGAAAAUAAAGAUUUAAAAGAACAUAUUUCUAAACUUAAUGAAAAAAUAGUAGACAUAUCGAAUGUUUGCAAAACAUAUAGAAGGAUGAUCAAAAUCAGGAACACAGAAUUACAAGAGACAGAGAUUCUCAUUUCUGAAAAUAUAAACUUAAGGAAAAAUAUAGAAGAUAUAGAAAAGGAUAAAAUGUACUUAGAAUCAGAAUUGAAGGAAAAAAUAAAUAUCAUAAAUUUAAUAAAGAAUAAAUACAAAAAAAAUAUAUCAAGAUUAUUGGAAAAUUAUAAUGAAAAGGAUAAAAAUAUAUAUGAGUUUCAAAACUUCAUUAUUCAAGAGCUGAACAAUCUAAAAAUCGAUAUUAACGAAGAAAAUGAAAAUCAAUACUGUGACCAAAGUGUGAUGAAUAACAAAAUUAUGAAUAUAUGUUUUUACAUCGAUACGCUAGCUAAAAAGUUGGAGGAAAAAAUGAAUAUAUCAUUAACGAGAUAG